AUGGUGACCCCCACAGGGCUGAAGGUGGUGUCCAUGGGGCUGUACCUGGGCCAGAAGGCCUACCUGAGGAGCAGCUGGAACGUUCUGGACGGCUUCCUGGUCCUCGUGUCCCUGACCGACAUCGUGGUGUCGGUGGCCGGCGGCGCUAAGAUCCUCGGCGUGCUGCGAGUCCUCCGGCUGCUCCGGACGCUGCGCCCCCUCAGGGUGAUCAGCAGAGCUCCGGGGCUGAAGCUGGUGGUGGAGACCCUCAUCACGUCCCUGAAGCCCAUCGGCAACAUCGUCCUCAUCUGCUGCGCCUUCUUCAUCAUCUUCGGGAUCCUCGGAGUCCAGCUCUUCAAAGGGAAGUUCUUCUACUGCUCCGGCUUCGAUGUGAAGAACAUCACCAACAAGUCCGACUGCCUGGUGAACAACUACCACUGGGCUCACCACAAGUACAACUUUGACAACCUGGGCCAGAGGCUCAGAAGCUCCCGUACUACUCGUCGUAUGGCGCCGGCCGGCUGGCAGUCCACUCUCUGGUCAGCAGCCAUUACCUGGACCUGUGGGUCACCGGCAUCAUCUGCAUCAACGUCACCACCAUGUCGCUGGAGCACUACGGGCAGCCCAAGGUCAGGGGCGGGGCUAACGACGGGGGGCGGGGGCUAA